GUAGCAAUGGGAGAGUUUGGCGAGUUGUCGAACCUGCUGAAAAAAGCGAAGAAAAAGUCUACCACUGUGGGCAAAGUCUGGCUCACGGUGCUGUUCGUCUUCCGCAUCUUCGUUCUGGUAAUAGCUGCUAAAGAAGUGUGGGGUGAUGAGCAGUCCAAUUUCUUAUGUGACACUAAGCAACCUGGUUGUCAACUUGCUUGUUACGACAACACUUUCCCAGUUUCUCAUCUCCGCUUCUGGAUUAUGCAAAUCCUUAUUGUUUCCACGCCAACGCUUAUUUAUCUGGGCUUCCUCAUUCACCAAGAAGGCAAGAAUAAAAAGGAAGAAGACAGGAAGGUUGAAGUGCUGUUGAAAGGUGAUGACCUGAAAAACAUUGUCUAUGAUAUCAAUAGCUUCAAUAGAAAGAGAAAAAACGGGGAUCCUUCCAAAGAAGACACUAAAGUUGAAGUGCUGUGGGAAGAUGGUGUUCUGAAAACCAAAGUCAACACCAUCGUAGAUCAACCAUCCAAAAAAGACAAUAAUGGCAAAGUGCCAUCGAAAGGUAGAGCCCGGACAAUAUACGUCUUGAACAUAGUUUUUACGAUUCUGUUUGAAGUAGCCUUCCUUGUAGCUCAGUACUACCUUUAUGGAUUUGGCCUUGAGCUGAUGUACCCCUGUGAGCGUUGGCCCUGCCUCACCAAAGUGUUCUGCUAUGUGUCCCGACCUACAGAGAAAACCAUCUUUAUUAUUUUCAUGCUUAUAGUAGCUUUAGUGUCUCUGCUACUCAAUGUUGUGGAGAUGUUCUUUGUAUUUUGCAAGAAAAAAAAGGAAGCUAAUUGUGAAAGUAACAAUGCACAAACACAGGUGACGGUGACAGUUAGACAACAUUAUUCUAAGAGACAUUCAGGCACAUACAUCUGAACAUGAAUUUUAUACCAGUUUGGGCUCAUUUAUGUGUUUUAUAGUGACAAAAUUGGCUCCCUAUUUAUUGUACAAUCUAAUCAUGAUGUCUUAAUCUGCUCAGUCUUAAGUUUAGUUUUAAGAGCAUAAAUUAGAGAACUACAAUGUUAAAAUGACUAAUAAAACUCUGGUGCAUGGAUAAUGGUUGUUUAACAUUUUGUCCUUUUUGUGUGACAAUUGUGUGCAAAUGUUCCUACUAAUGCUCCCUAAAACUGGUUACUCAAAGCCGGUUCAUUUAAACUGCUGAAGAUCAGAACUUUUUUUCUACAUGGAACUUAAACACUAAACAGUAUCCGAUUUUGUAAAUCUUUCAUACAGUGCUUGAGAGCAGCCCCUAUUAUACAUCCUAGAAUGUUUGUAUCUUUGAGACUUUAUUAUGUCCUUUAAACAAUUAAUUGCCUUUUCCAAGUUUCAUUUCCUUUUUUAUUUCACCUUUGUUUGACCAGGUUAGAAGAUUGAGAGCUAGUUCUUGUUUACAACAUUGGCCUGUGCAUUUUUCUCUAUUUUAUGCAUUCCUUAAUUCAGUUUGUUUCCUUUAUUGACAAAUGUUAUGACAUAUUUUUGAAUUUGUGAUUUUAUUUAAUGGCUAAGUGGAAUAAAAUUGUGAAGACUACCCUUUGACUUGUUUGAAUGCCAGAUAAUAUAAUUGCUAAGGGGCUAAAAAUAGUCUUUAUGCUAUUUUCUAUCACUGAACAGAGCACAGAUAUAUUGUCUAUAUACUGCAGGUAUUAAAGUGCAUAAAACAGUCAUUUCUGCCAAGGCGGUGUGUGCAGCUGGGUGUGUGUUUUUCUGUAGCUCUCUUUCUCUUUUGGCAGCUGCACCUCAUCAAGAAUCAUCAGGAGGCAGUUUAAGGCUGAGCAAGUGGAUCGAAAACUUUUAAACCAAUCUGUUUGUAUGAUUUGAUUGAAAUUACUUUGUAAAGUGCCUUGUGGUGA